CAAUAUGAGUGAAGAUUAUACUAAAGUUGAAGAGUUGCUCGAAGCGAUAACAAAUAAUGAGUAAUUUAAUGGAGUGGAGUGUUCCGAUCGGCGAGUUCCUCGAGCGGAUCCAUCUGCUCGUCCGGUCAGAGGCGGCCGCCGGGCACGCGAUCCGCGUCGACGGCACGUGUCUCGUGCUCGCUGGGGUGUACCUGACGCGUUUCAUCGGCAGCCACGCGGCGCGGGUCGCGGGGAUCGUGGUGGAGCCGUCCACCGCGCACCGAUUGGUGGCCGUCGCGCUGUUCCUGGGCGGUCACUCCCCCAAGAACUGGGCUGCCGCGUUCGAGGCGGUCUCAGACCGCGCGAUCCGCACAGGUGAGAUCGCAGCCCUAGAGGAGCGGUUCUUGCGCGCGAUCAGCUAUCGCUUGUUCGUUGGCGGGCAAGAGUUCAGGGGCCUCUGCGAGGUCCUGGAGAAGGUGCCCCUGCCGCCGUGCGGGUGCUGUGCCAGUAGGAAGAGGCAGGCGGACGCCGUUGUCGGGGACGAGGAGGAGGAGCACCGCCGCGUGCGCGCUCGCCUGCCAUCACCCGUCGUGAUGCCCCCAUUAGGCCAUUACGAAUCUUUUUAGGCUGAAAUCUAACGAAUUCAAUUCAGUCGAUGGUUCUUGUUUUUUGUUGCUUGUUUUACUUCGUGUCGUCUCUUUUUUGCUGUAGGCACAGGGCCAUGAGGAGAAGACGGUGCAUGGUCGUGGCUAUCUUCGACUCAGCACGAGGCCAGAGAAGACGUAGACGGUAGAUGCUCUCUUGCUCGUGGCCACGCUCCUCGGAAGAGGACGAUGCUCUCGUCAUUGAUCAAGCUCGCUGGACCAGAACGGGGUGGAGCUGGAGCAUCCCCACAGUUGCUGCCUAGCUUCAAGUUUUAUUAGUGAUUGGUCUUGUUGUUUCCAGCUCUGGUAGAGAGCUCGGCGUCGCUGCUCACUAGCAGAGCAGCUUGCUGUGUUUUAUGUGUACUGGAUCAGCAAGUACCAAUAAAACCUGUCGUUGCAUCAA